AUGGCUACUGACACUGCGGUCUCCGUCGACCCAUAUAUUCCACUUCAAAACAGCGGCUCAAAGCCGUACAUGGAGGAGCUUGCGUCCGGACGGAUUCACUUCAUGCACCUACCCUCAGGACGCUCGACUCAGCCAAACGAGCGUAUGUUGCUGGUCAACCUCGUCAACCUCUUCGCAACUUCUCUUCCCAGCAUGCCGCGUGCACACAUCAUUCGCACGUUGUUCUCGCGUGACACGCAGUGCCUCGUCAUCAUAGGACGAGGCUAUGUCCUGCGCGCUGGUCUCGCGUACCACAUUCUGCCGCAUCGAGGUUUCGCAGAGUUGGUCUUCAUCGCCGCUCGAGAAGAAGAUAGAGCGAAGGGUUACGCGACUUUUCUGUUGCGCCACCUCAGAGCACGUCUUCGCGUUCAGACAAAGAUCAACGUGAUCCUAGCGUAUGCGGAUAACAGCGCGCGGGGUUGGUUCGGGCGCCAGGGGUUUAGCGAAGUCACUCUUCCGCGCAAGCAAUGGGCGGGGUAUAUCUGCGAUUAUGACGGCGCGCGGCUGGUCCAGGCGCAAGUGCAUGCAUUCGGCGAGGAAGCGUACUGGCGGGAUGUGCGUGGAGAGGUCCUAACCACCCAGGGCAUGUCAAGGUGUAAACUUCCGUUUAUGGCCGAGGAGGAGCAAUGGGUCGUGCAACAGCAGCAUGAUGCAGUGAGGAGUGUGAUGUGGCAGCGCAGCCCCGCUGUAGGACAUACAUACGGUGGUCUGACCUUCCAACCUGGGGAAGUGAAGGACCCAGAGACUGUCCCGGGACUAGCAGGGCGUGGUCUGGAUCUUCAGAAGUAUGCCGCCGGGCAACCAUCGAGGGUGCAGCGCCUCCGCCGUCUUCUGACGCUUCUCGUCGAUACCAUGAAAGCAGACGCUGCUUCUGAGCCGUUUCUGCAUCCUGUCGACGUGAACAUGGCGCCCGGGUAUACUGACCUGAUCGCGGAGCCCAUGGACCUCGGAACACUACAAGCCAAUGUGGCAUCUGGUGCCUAUGAUCCAUCUGGGCGGGGAGUGCAGGCUUUCCUCGGCGAUGCAAGCCGCAUCUUCGACAACUGCAGAGAAUACAACGGGGCCCGUUCGCCAUAUACGAAGAAAGCAGAGAGACUGCGCGCCAAGCUCGACAAGGGCCUCCAGAAAUGGAUGCACAUUGUGCGAGAGGUGGUUCAAUAG